CUGUCAAGUGUGUCGUUCAGGCUCAUGAUCACUCUGUUCUGCCAUGGACUUGGGGCCUUUGUGGUUUUCCUUUUCCUCUGCUUCUGCUCUUCAUUUCUUCUUUUGCUCUUGGGCCCUUGGCUCCUCCCUAGAGGCAGACACACCCGGAAGUAUGGGCCUCUAUCCUGGCUCCUCAUGGAUUAAUCCUUUUAAUGCCCCCAUGACCCUCGCAUUCCUGUCCAUCAUCCUCUGUGCCCCACAGAAGGGCAUGGCCAAGAGAGGCUCUGAGCAGACAGUGGUGGAGGCUGGGUCAGAGCUGGCCUUGCCCUGCAGCCUCCGGGGGCCAAGUCUGAUGUGGCUCUGGGUCCCCCAAUACCUGCUCUGUGCAAGGCAGCUCCAGCAGAACACCCACAUAUUCACCUGGACAUCAGCAAAGACUCAGACGGUGAAACUGGCUCAUUUCCAGCAUCGCCUACAUCUCAGAGGGGACCCGUGGAAUGGGGGCAGCUACCUUGUGCUGACAAAGCCCAAGGUCAGUGAUUCAGGACUCUUUUCCUGCACCAACGGGAACCAGACUGCCUCCGCAACACAGGUCACCGUUACCCCAGGUUGCCAGGAAGGGGCAUCCAUCAGCGUCCAGGCCCAAAGACCACUAAUGAAGGGGGCGACAGUGACCCUGCGCUGUGCCCCCUGUGCAGGGGGUGGCACCCCUGCCUCCACAUCCCACACUGCCACCUGGAGCUUCAAUGGGAAGACAGCAGAUUUCCUUGAAGGCGUCCGGCAGUUGCGGAUGCAGCUCACCAUCAAGUUUUUCUCUGCCCGCUAUCAAGGUCUGUGGGGCUGUGUCCUGUCUGGAGACCCCCCACUCUCUGGGGAGCUCUGCCUGGAGCUGGAGCCCACCCUUACCCCCACCUCAGCUCCCCCAGCCUCGGGAUCCCUAUGGACUCACCAGCAUUUUCCUAUCGUCGCUGGCAGCCUGGCUGGUGCCCUGGGCCUGAUCCUGAUUGGAGCCCUCACCUUUGUCUGCUUCAGAAGGCACCAGACCAGGAGAGCCAGCCAGACCCCAAUAGUGCUGAAAGCAGAAGGACACGGGGACCAGGCUGCAGAGUAUCCAACACGAACUGAGACCACGGCUACCAGGGAGAUGAAAUCCUCCCCUAACAGCGACCCCAGCCCAGAGGGCUCAGCUGAUGUCCAGUACACCACACUGCAGUUCAAGGAGCCUCCUGUGCCCACUGCCCUUCAAGAAGCUCUUGUGACCUCCACUGUCUACUCUGAAGUGCUCACACCCUGCUCCUGAAACCCACUCCUCAGGGACUGGAAUAUCCCUGCCUCCAGCUGUAAUAUCCCUGCUGGGGCCAGGAGACAGCUGGUACUGGGGUGAAGCAUACUAACCACCAGCUGGACAUCACAGGGAGGGUAUUUUUUAGCAUCUGCGGUGCCUAAAAAAGCCCUCCCACACACACACACACCUUGCCACUGCUGCUGCUACAAUGGUAAGAGCAGCUAGACUGAACAACCCCAUAACAUUGUGGCUCCUACCUAUGUUUCAUAGGAAGGCCUGUGCUAGUAAAAGCCCUGCAGAAAACUACAAAUAGACCUCAGGAAAAGCCUGUACUGGGAGAGACUUGGUGGGCCUAGGGGGAAGCCACUGCCCAAGAGCCCUGAUGACAGACAAAGGGCAGCGCAAGGUGCGGGACAGUUUGGAAGAGCAGUAGGAGGCCACACUUUGCAGGAGACCAACCACACUGUUCAAAGCAGGAUCAGCCAUGGGUGUCUGCUACCUCUUGAAUCAGGGGGGGCAUGUGCCCCUCCUGACACCAGUCAGUGACUGGGGGGGGGAGUCCCCCGGCGGCCAAUCCUGCUGAUGGCGGGGGAGGGGGGUGUUCCCCAGCAGCUGAUCUCAGUCACCAUGAAAGCAGCCACACCACUUCCAGAAGUCCCAGGGCCACUUCUGGAAGUGGUGCAGCACAGCUGCUUUUGCUGGCGGUCCCACUCCCUGGCUGGUGCUUGCAGGGGGGGCAGUGGUGCUCCCACCUG